AUGAAAGUCAAAGUGUUUCGGUUUCGAAAAAUACGUUGCAAACCAAACAAAAUGGCAAACAGAGCCAGGAACUCAACUGUCCCCGGAUAUGCGGGAUUAAAACCAGAAGAAUAUAUUAGCAUUAUAUUUCAUGGGGGUAUUCCAGCAAAACAAGUGCGUACUACAGUUCCCGAAGAGUUGACUUGUGAGAAAGUUCUGGUAAUGUGUAUAGAACACAUCCAAAGUUUCGUCUGCUCACAAGAAGCAAAACCUGAAACUCACGGACCCAACAAAUAUUUGCCUACGUUUGGUUUGCUGGCUCUGCCAGGAGAAAAGAUAUGGCUUCCUCUAAAUUACAUUUUCAAGAAGAGCUCAGAAAAUCAUCAGAAAUAUAAGUUUAGAGUGCGAUUUCGCCUGCCCGCUGACAAGUUCAGUGACGGCCCUGGUAAUGUCAUGACCGAGUACUUGUUUCUCCAGACUCUUGACGACUUCUUAAAGGGCUCACUCGGCACAAAUGAGAAACUGAACACGGAAAAGGCAUUUGGUUUGCUGCACAUUGCUCUGUUGUUCCCACCAAAUCUGCCUAUGAAUGGUGCUGAAAAAGUCAAUAAAACAUUCAAAUCCUGUCGUUUAAAUCUUUGGAAUUACACCAGACAUUUUUCCAAAGCCCUGGCCAAAAGAUUCAUCAGUGUGCCAGGUAUUGAUCACUUCUGGGUGUAUAAAAGUAUUCAAGCGAAAAUACACAAAUAUAAAAUACAUGAACCACCAGAAAAUUUAGGAUUUUAUAAACAGCAAUUUUAUAAACUGUUGAUGAAAGCAGUGCCAGAAUACUGUUUUGACACAUAUGAAGCAACUGAAGUGAACAACUCUGGGGUAGUUGAGAAUGUUACAGCCAACAUUAGCCUUUAUGAUGAAAGUGGCAAGCAGGAUGCCCUAUUUUAUGGUGAACAAAUCCAAUGCAGCUUGGAAAGUAUCAGUUCCAUAAAAAUUAUCAAGCCCAGAGACAACAAUGAUAAGAAGUGGACUGUUCACAUGGAUCUUCAAGAUAGAUCCCCAAAGAUCAUUUCAUUUUCGGAGGAAGGUGCAGCAGAAUCAUUUGUCAGCAUGAUCCAAGGUUACCUCCGCCUGUGUUUCUGCUAUAACAUUGUCCUUUGUGAGGAACUACGGACAACCAGCUCCAAAAUAAGUACUGAGCUCAAAAGUUUUGGACCCAUAGGGUUAGCAACUGCAGCAACCUACCUUGAGGAAGCAACGAAGUCUAAAGAAUCUGACGGUGGAGCAUUUCUCAUCCAUGAAAGUUUGGACAAGUUUGGGACAUACCAUGUUAGAGUUAGGCCCAGCAGUAAGUCACCCAGUAACCAUAAUACACCGAGCUCAGGAAUAAUAGAAUGUCUGCCAGACGGGCAGUUGAAGCUAACAAUGGGCGAGCCAGAGUUCACAUUUGACCAUUGUUGCCAAGUAAGGAGACAACUGAAGAGUAAAUUUGGGUCACAGGUGGAGCCAUCUCCGAGAAGUUUCUCAGUAUUGGCAGACAUUAAUGAGGAAUUUCAAGAAACGAAAAUAGAGUAUUAUGGGCCCCACACAACCAGUGAGGAUGUUCAGAAAGAGUCAACAGGGCUUCCAGUCUUGAAAGCUGAUCUGCUUAGAGUCUCAGAAAUACCAGACAAGAAUCCACUUAUUACAAAAUAUGAAGUGAUAUUCCGUGAUGAGCAGAUGAUGCUUCUAGAGCUCCACUCUAAACAUGAUGGCUGCACAACA